AAAAACUGGUUUGGAGAAAUGUGUUGAAAAGACAUUACAAAAUAUGUAAACGCUAUGACGUAUUAAAAGGGUUGUGAUAAUAAGAAAAUGUGUUUCCUUGUUCUAUAUAUCUGAGUACUAACUCUGACCCGUAAACUUCCCCUCUGUCCUGCUCUCGCAUCGGCUGACACUGUGCUGGUUCGGGCCAUCAGAACACCAAGAGUACCAAGAGGAGGAGCGCCCAAAACCCAAACCUUUGGUGCCUCAACUUGCCCCUCCAAAGAUUCCUGAGGGCGACAGAGUGGAUUUUGAUGACAUCCACAGGAAGCGUAUGGAGAAGGACUUACUGGAGCUGCAUACGCUGAUCGACGUCCACUUUGAUCAGAGGAAGAAGGACGAGGAAGAACUCAUCGGCCUGAAGGACCGAAUCGAGCAUCGUCGGUCAGAGAGAGCUGAGAUCCAGAGGGUUAGAGCGGAGAAGGAGAAGGACAGACAGAACAGAAUCGCGGAGGAACGUCACAGAAAAGAGGAAGAGGAAGCCAAGAAGAAGGCAGAUGAUGAUUUCAAGAAGAAGAAAGUUCUGUCUGGCAUGGGAGCAAACUUUGGAGGCUUCCUGACCAAGGCAGAAACGAGGAAGGGCAAGCGUCUGACAGGCAGAGAGAUCAAGAGGAAGACUCUGUCUGAGAGACGACAGAUGCUAAGCAUCGACACUAUGAGGGAGGAUGCACUCAAGCAACAUGCCCAGGAGAUGUGGAACUGUAUCUACCAGCUGGAGUCUGAGAAGUUUGACUUCAUUGAGUACAUGAAGCACCAGAAAUAUGAGAUCAUCGUGCUGCUGAACAGAAUCCAACAUGCUCAGAAAUUUAAAAAGGGUCACGGCAAAGGGAAGGUGGGCGGUCGCUGGAAGUAAAUGUCAGAAAAGAAUAAAAAGAGAAAACAUAUAACAAAAAGUGAAGGCAGAGGAGGAAUGACAUUUCCCCUCCACGAUCUUCUCAUGCCACAGUUUCCUGUGUAUGUGACAGAUAAUGAAUGUUUCUUGAUGUAUUGGUAAUAAAACGACAUGCACUCAGUUUGGAGUAGUUAUGUGGGUCACGAACCGAAAGUGUAUUUAUAGCUGCCGUACUGCUGGUGUAGAUAUAUUAUGUGAUGACAUCAAUUGUAGGCUUUAAUAAAUCAGUUUUUAAGAAAAAAAGGUUAAAUUACACCUAUCAUGCAUAAAGGAAAACAAUCUGUCCUCAAGUACUUCAUGAAUGUCUCUUUUUCCUCUUGCAUCAAGUUCCAAAAUGUGUUGCCAAAUGGUUCCAAUGAUUGAACUCAUUCCAAACUC